CGUCUCAACAGGCUCUUCGUCCUUCAAUCAGAAUGGCGACUCAAGUGAUGCCUCUGCCUUCAUCGUCGAACGAAGUAACAGUGAUAAUCUGCAACGAGGAAAACCCAAAAGAUGAGGAGCCAGAGCCUAGAACGCUGCAGCAGUGUGUUCUGUCGGGAAUUCUCUUCACGGUCGUGUUCGUCGGAGCCGUCUACUUGUUCGUAUUCGCGAUCGAAUACAUCAACGAGGGGUUCAUCCGUCUCGUGGCAGUGGCGCAACGACAGCAUCGCCUUUUGUGAGCACAAAAAAACUAACGUCUAUUUAUCGAUGCUCUCCGCCGAAUUGAAGGGAGCUACACCGCGGACUGCUGCAAAAGGCGCGCGUCCGGGAAGGUCAGCUAGAAGCUGGGUGGACAGCCUCACCAACAUUAAUUGGGCCAG